AUGACCACAGUACUAGGCAAGCGCAAGUCGCGCACACAAAAGGCAGAGCCUCCAAUAUCCCACGAGGAGGCCCACGAGGUCUUCAGACGAUUAUUUGAGUCGCAAUUCCAGCCCCUACCAGACAUCACCCAAUCCACCCAACCAGCCUCAGCGCCUGAGCCCGAGGACCUGGCCUCCGACGAAGACGAUUCCGACGGCUCAUGGGGCGGCCUCUCUGAAACCGAGGGGGAAACGGGAUCCACGACCCUCAACACAACAGUCGAAGUCGUAUCGCACACAAAGACACCCACCACCCUCCCCAGCGGGCUCUCCAAGCGCGAAGCCAAAGCCUGGCUCUCGUCGCGCCCACCCACAGCAACAGACGCCAAGGUCGCCACCACCGGACCGAAAAACAAAAAGGGCAAAACCACAGCCGACGAAGACGCGCCAUCCCUCAUCAAGAACGACCUCGCGCUGCAGCGCCUGCUCUCCGAAUCGCACCUCUUCUCCUCCUCGUCGGCCACAAACGGGGGCGGGGGCGGAGGCAGCACAGAACACACGGGCCGCAACCGCCACCUGGCGACCGACCUGCGGCUGACGGCGCUCGGCGCCAAGGGCAGCAUCUUCAAGCAGGACAAGAUGCCGAUGCACAUGCGCAAGGGCAUCGUGUCGGCGGCGGCGGGCCGGGAGAGCCGACGGAGACAGGAGGCCAAGGAGAACGGCAUCGUGCUCGAGCGGCCGGUCGGUGCGGCGGCGGCGGUCGGGCACGCGGCGCUGGGCAGGAAGGCGACGAAGGCGAGGGGGAGAGAGCGGAGGGGGCCCGGUAGUGGGAGUAGAGACAGACCUGUUGGGGCGCCGUCGGUGGGUCGGCUGAAUAAUGGUACGCUGAAGUUGAGUAAGAGGGAUAUUCAUGAGAUUGAGAGUAGUGGGCCGAGGACGGGGAGGGGGGGUGGGAAGAGGAGGAUGUGA